GCGGCCGCCGCCCGCCUGCCGCGCGCAAGCCUGACCGCGGCGCCCGCCUCGGCCGCCCUCGCCCGUUCCCCGGCCGCCCCCUGGUUGAGCGAUGCCCGCCCUCCGGGGCCCCGGCGGCCCGCGCCCCUGCUAGGCUGCGGCGGCAUGGCCCGCGCGCCCGGCGCGACCUCUGCGGAUUGCAUCGGUGUGCGGCGGCGGGGCAUGCCCAGGGCACCGGGCACGGCCUUCAAUGGGCGAGGACGCGGACACGCGGAAAAUUAACCACAGCUUCCUGCGGGACCACAGCUAUGUGACAGAAGCCGAUAUCAUCUCUACCGUCGAGUUCAACCAUACUGGGGAGCUGCUGGCCACAGGCGACAAGGGUGGCCGAGUUGUCAUCUUCCAGCGGGAACCGGAGAGCAAAAAUGCGCCACACAGCCAGGGCGAGUAUGACGUCUACAGCACUUUCCAGAGCCACGAGCCAGAGUUCGACUAUCUCAAGAGUCUGGAGAUAGAGGAGAAAAUCAACAAGAUCAAGUGGCUCCCGCAGCAGAAUGCCGCCCAUUCCCUGCUGUCCACCAACGAUAAAACUAUCAAACUAUGGAAGAUUACCGAACGCGAUAAGAGGCCCGAGGGUUAUAACCUGAAAGACGAGGAGGGGAAGCUUAAGGACCUGUCCACGGUGACGUCACUGCAGGUGCCAGUGCUGAAGCCCAUGGACCUGAUGGUGGAGGUGAGCCCGCGGAGGGUCUUCGCCAAUGGCCACACCUACCACAUCAACUCCAUCUCCGUCAACAGCGACUGUGAGACAUACAUGUCGGCAGAUGACCUGCGCAUCAACCUCUGGCACUUGGCCAUCACCGACCGGAGCUUCAACAUCGUGGACAUCAAACCAGCUAACAUGGAGGACCUCACGGAGGUGAUCACUGCGUCCGAGUUCCACCCGCAUCACUGCAACCUCUUCGUCUACAGCAGCAGCAAGGGCUCCCUGCGCCUCUGUGACAUGCGUGCGGCCGCCCUGUGUGACAAGCACUCCAAACUAUUUGAAGAGCCGGAGGAUCCCAGUAACCGCUCCUUCUUCUCCGAAAUCAUUUCCUCCGUGUCAGACGUGAAGUUCAGCCACAGCGGCCGGUACAUGCUCACCCGCGAUUACCUCACGGUCAAGGUCUGGGACCUGAACAUGGAGGCGCGGCCCAUAGAGACCUACCAGGUCCACGAUUACCUUCGGAGCAAACUCUGUUCCCUGUACGAGAACGACUGCAUUUUUGACAAGUUCGAAUGCGCCUGGAAUGGGAGUGACAGCGUCAUCAUGACCGGAGCCUACAACAACUUCUUCCGCAUGUUUGACCGGAACACCAAGCGGGAUGUGACCCUGGAGGCGUCGCGGGAGAGCAGCAAGCCCCGGGCGGUGCUCAAGCCGCGGCGUGUGUGCGUGGGCGGCAAGCGGCGACGGGACGACAUCAGCGUGGACAGCCUGGACUUCACUAAGAAGAUCCUGCACACGGCCUGGCACCCGGCCGAGAACAUCAUCGCCAUCGCGGCCACCAACAACCUGUACAUCUUCCAGGACAAGGUGAACUCCGAUAUGCACUAGGUAACCGCGGCGGCCGCGCGCCGGAGCGGCCACCGGCGGGGGCGGUGCCGGGGCCGGGUCCCUCCAAGCAUCCCAGAACCGGACCCGGCGGAUGAUUUCUGCUGGAACGCAGGACAAAGAAGGAGUCACAGUAAACCGACGGGAUCGUCGGCCUGGAAGUUCACUUCUUGCAUCCUGUACUUUAAUCGCGUGCAGUCUUUCCCACCUUCUUAGGAUGUUUUCCGUCUGCGCGUUCAUUUUUCACGCCAGCGGUUUCCUUUCUUGGGGGCCUCCGGGGCCCCGGAGCGGUGUGUCUCGCGCGCCUCACUGGCCCAAGUUCAGGGCUCCGGGGACAGAUAACGAAGCUCACACAAGCCAGCCAGGGAUUCUUUAGAUGCUAAAUGGAGCAGUUGCCACUGUCACAGAGCCGAGGGUCUCACCUUUUUGCAUUUUGGAUGGUGAAUUCAUGCUGAGAAUUUGCCAGUUCCUCUUUUAGGUUAUUUUAAUGUCUUUCAAAAUAUCCCAGGUCCCUUAGAGUUUCUCGAGAGGAAAGGGAGUGGAAUCCACCUACAGUGCGUACCUGUUUUCUCCACCCCUUAACCACCCUUCUCAGAGCAUUUGCCCAGUGCUAGGCGUGGUGCGGGCCCUCCAGGCCCGCGGGUGUAACCCCUGUGGCUUCUGUGCCCGCUCUCCUGUCAUUCUGCAGCCGUCCUGGGCAUCUCCUGGGAACUCGUCCUGGCUCCCUCCAUGAUCUUCCCGAAUCUUCAUCGUGACCCUGAGAAGUGGGGGCCCAUUCAUUUCCUCCAUACAUGCCAACUCCACACUGAGUGCCAGGCUCCAUGCCAGGGAUUAAAGGUGAAUAACUUGUCAUUCCCCACUCUGCACUUGGGAAAACUGAGGCCCCAAGCCUGCAUCAACCAAGGAGGGGCCAGGAAUUCCAUCCAGGCCUUCCCACAAGACCCUUUCCAUCCAACCACGUUGGUGGCUCAUGUUAAAGCAACAUUCCAGCCUGGAAGGUUCUGGAAACAUCUCUCCAUCUUGUGAAGCAGGACAGAGCAGGUAGGAUGAUGAUGAAGGUCGGGGAGAACUGAGACGCAGAAAGGAGAAGACCCCCCUCCCUGGGUCUCCUCGCCUGUUUGGUGAUAAGGAACUCUGCCCUCUCUCCACCCCAGAUGUGGACCCCAGCUCCUUUUCCAGAUGCACUGAACUGUCUCCAAAAGAAAAUUGCAUGUUAUGACCAUUUUAAGAUACCUUUUCUUUUCUGACCCCUCGCCGGCCAGUGAGAAUGCGGCGUUUCCAAGACGAUUUCCUCCUGCUUUGUCAGGAUCGGUUUGGUCCACCCGCUGACCACGCCAACUUGUCUUUGCCCUUGGAACUCCCAGCGGAACUACGUGGCUUGCUUGCAUUUUGAUUCAGAAAGCAGAGUGCAGAGGCCUGACUGAACCUUUUUUUUUUUUUUAACAAGAUGUAACCUAACCCAGGAAAUAGACCCAACUCAAGAUUUUUCUCAGCGGAUAAUGGUCUACUUUUGUGUGUGUUAAAGCACAGAACGCAUGUGCACUCACUUCCAGCCAUACAAUAAUACACAAGGAAAUGGGUCCAUUGAUUUUUUUUUUAAUCAACAUGAAUGAAGAAUGUUUGUUUAUAUAUCACUGUAAAAUCCAGGUGACCUGGAUAGUAUUAUAUGUACAUAUCUAUUCUAAUUAAAAUUAACAAUCACAGGAUUGGAUUCCUUCUUUCCCUUUGUAAAGAGGUUCAAGAAUGUGAUAAAUUGUAUAGAAAUCUUGCUGAAGCCAAAAUCCAGCUCUGAGGGCCUUAUACAAUUAUUCGGAUAUUUGGUGCGAUCAUUUCCUUUUGUGAUUCAGAUGCUGAGAGGCAAUUUGCAUUUGCAGAUGGAGGUUACUGAUCAGAUCACAGAUUUAACAAGGACCAUUUCUACAAAGUACAAAGCUUACACUGCAUUCAAAAGGAGGUCUUAAUACAGUUCCUGGUUCCUUACUCUGUUUUAAACUGUGGACAGCAAACCGAAAAGGGAGAAGAAAGGAAAAGAUCUUCUCAGAAGAAAAAGCAUGUCUUUGGAUCCCUGGAAGAUAAUGAUGUCCAAAGCGUAAUGAAUAAAAGCAUUGUGAAUAAAAAUGUGUGUUGAAAAAUGAUGUUGACAAGGGAAGAGGUAAAACUAGACAUGGCAGAAGGGCCAGCAACAUAGUCACAAACUUUGCUUCCUUCCUGUUUAAAUUUCCUGCUCUUUUUGAAUGUACGAAUGUUCACAUAGUCAUUGUGAAGUUGUUGGGUUGUUUUCGUUUUCAUUUUCAAUACUCUCUGAGGACUGAUUGCUCGGUGGCUUCGGAUACGUGGUGGUAGAUUAGACAGGCCUGACCAUUUUGGACUCUGUAACUCAUAGGUGCAUUCUUGUUUUCUUGGGUGUCUCACAAACUAUCCAACUGUUGAAUAAAAUUAUAAAUAUGUUAAUACCAGCUUUUUCCAAUAAAAUAACAAAUGUUACAUCGAAAA